AUGGUGAAGAGGAAAAGCCUGGAUGAGAGCGAGCCGGAGUGCGGGAAAGGAAUACCGUUCCCCAUCCAGACCUUCCUAUGGAGGCAAACCAGUGCGUUUCUGCGUCCGAAGUUGGGAAAGCAGUAUGAAGCGUCUUGUGUGUCCUUUGAGCGGGUGCUGGUGGAGAAUAAGCUCCACGGGCUGUCGCCGGCCCUGUCAGAGGCCAUCCAGAGCAUCUCCCGCUGGGAGCUCGUCCAGGCAGCCCUGCCUCAUGUACUCCACUGCACCUCCAUCCUGCUGUCGAACAGGAACAGGCUGGGCCACCAGGACAAGCUGGGCGUAGCCGAGACCAAGCUGCUCCACACGCUGCACUGGAUGCUGCUGGACGCUGCCCAGGAGUGCAACCACGAGCCCAGCCUGAGCCACGGCUGGUCGGGGGGCAGCAGCAGCAGCGCUUUCCUCCAGCCGGUGGGCAACCAGGGAUCGUCCCCAGGGGCUCCCGGCUCCGGCUCCCUGCUGGAGGAGGACGAGCAUGCUCGUACCAAGCUGUUCCACAAGAGCAUGGCCACAGUGGAGCUGUUUGUGUUCCUGUAUGCUCCGCUUAUUCAUCGGAUAAAGGAGUCGGACCUGACCUUUCGAUUGGCGAGCGGUCUGGUAAUAUGGCAGCCAAUGUGGGAGCACCGCCAGCCUGACAUCCCCGCCUUUACUGCACUCAUCAAACCAGUCAGAAACAUUGUGACAGCAAAGAGGAACUCCCCAGUCAACAACCAGUGCAGCCCCUGUGGAUCUGGCAACCCGGGUCCCAUGGGCUUCCAGGUGGUUUGCGAAGCCGGCCAAUCAGAUUCCUCCUCCCCCGCGGCUGGAGAGCGGAGCUGUCGUCGUGGUAACUCGGUCGAGAAAGGUGGCCCCUCCCACCAACCCCCACCGGUGAAAGGCCCUUCCAAGAAAAAGACAUCAGCCCCCGGCGGCCUGCCGACCUCCCUGGCCCAACGGGCGCGUUACGCCACUUACUUUGACGUGGCGGUGCUGCGCUGCCUGCUGCAGCCACACUGGACGGAGGAGGGCGUGCACUGGGCCCUGAUGUUCUACCUGCAGCGCCUGAGGCAGAUCCUGGAGGAGAGACCUGAACGCACCCCCGAACCUUUGGUCACGCCUCUGCCACGUCCACGCAGCAGCUCCAUGGUGGCUGCAACACCCUCACUGGUCAACACCCACAAGACUCAGGACAUGAGUCUAAAAUGCAAUGAAGAGGGAAAAUCUCUGAGCACAGAGACGUUUACGAAGGUUUCUCUGACCAGCCUCCGUCGACAGGCCAUCCCUGACCUCUCCGCCGACCUGGGCAUGAAUAUUUUCAAGAAGUUUAAGAACCGGCGUGAGGACCGUGAGAGGAAGGGCUCCAUCCCCUUCCAUCAUACGGGGAAGAAGCGUCAGCGGCGAAUGGGCGUUCCUUUCCUGCUCCACGAGGACCACCUGGACGUCUCGCCAACACGCAGCACCUUCUCCUUUGGAAGCUUCUCUGGCCUCGGUGACGACCGGCGGGCUCUGGACCGCGGGGGCUGGCAGGCCACCAUCAUGGGCAAAUUCACGCGGAGGGGGAGCACAGACACAGCUGCAGACGCCGACAGCCUGAGCGCCAAACACUCCCAUUCCCACCACUCACUUCUCAGAGACAUGCCCGACCACUCCAACAGCCACAGCGACAACACCGUCAAAGAGGUUCGAUCUCAGAUCUCCACCAUUACUAUGGCUGCGUUCAACACCACGGUGGCCUCCUUCAACGUUGGCUACGCCGACUUCUUCACGGAGCACAUGAAGAAACUCUGUAACCCUGUCACUGUCCCUGAGAUCCCCGUGGAGCCUCUGGCCUGCGCCAACCUGCCGCGCAGCUUCACCGACUCCUGCAUCAACUACUCCUGUCUGGAGGAAGGGGAGAACAUCGAGGGGACCAAUAACUUUGUGCUGAAGAACGGCAUGCUGGACCUCACUGCUGUCUUGCGGGCUCUCUAUGCCGUCCUCAGCCACGACAUCAGUUCCAGGAUCUGCGACGUGGCUCUCAACAUCAUCGACUGCCUGCUGCAGCUGGGCGUGGUGCCCGGCAUGGGCAAGAAGCUGUCCAAGCCCGACAACAAGGAGAACCAGGAGGCUCGGGCCAAAGACACGGCCGGUCAGGGCCUCGGUGGAGGCGCCCAGGGUGGCGGGGCAGUCCCCGGGGCAGGAGCAGGCGGAGGGGGCGAUGGUGGUGGUGGUGGUGGUGGAGGAGGAGGAGGAGGAGGGGGAGGAGGGGGAAGUGGUGGAGGGAGUGGGCAAGGGAGCAAAGAUGAUGUGAAGAAUAACAAGGAUAAUGAUAAAAAGGAAGAGGGCUCCGGCUUCAGCACCCACCGCCUGGCUCUGACCAUGCUGAUAAAGAUAGUCAAGUCUCUGGGCUGUGCCUACGGCUGUGGCGAAGGACAUCGCGGACUGUCUGGGGAUCGCCUCAGGAUGCAGGUCAGACAUUUUUCUCUUGCUUUGCUGAACCUCUUUGGUGCCUCUGCCCAGAACUGCCUGACCAGCCUUUACAAGCUGGACAAGGUGCAGUUUCGACAGACAAUGCACGAGUACGUCAACAAAGACUCUCUCAAUAACAUUGUGGACUUCCUGCAUGCACUGCUGGGCUUCUGCAUGGAGCCCAUCACUGACAACAAGGCAGGCUUCGGGAACAACUUCACCACGGGGGACAACAAGUCCGUGGCCCAGAAUAUGGAGGCGGUGGUGGUGGGCUGCAUGUUCAAGUCUCUCAUCACCCGCUGCGCCUCGACCACACACGAGCUGCAUAGCCCCGAGAACCUGGGUCUGUACUGUGACAUCCGCCAGCUGGUGCAGUUCAUUAAGGAGGCCCAUGGAAAUGUAUUCCGCAGGGUGGCACUGAGCGCGCUCCUUGACAGCGCCGAGAAGGUCGCCACCACCAAGAAACCUGAAGAGAAGGAAGAGACCAAACAGCCCGGACUCAGGAGGUCAGAGGCGGGUGUGUCCGGGGAGAAGGGUCAGGUGUCCAGUGCUGCAGAUGAGUGUCGCAGCUACAUCUCCAGUAGACCCCCCCAGACACCCGAACAUGAAGAGCAGAUCCCGGGUGCUCUGCUGGGCAGGAAGGACUUUUGGAGGAAGAUGUUUAAGUCGCAGAGUGCCGCCAGUGACACCAGCAGCCAAUCAGAGCAGGACACCUCGGAGUGCACCACGGCGCACUCUGGCACCACCACCGACCGGCGCUCUCGUUCCAGGUCGCGUCGCAUUUCACUUCGCAAGAAACUGAAGCUGCCAAUAGGCAACUGGCUGAAGCGUUCCUCUCUUUCUGGACUGACGGACGGUGUUGAGGACCUGCUGGACAUCAGCUCAGUGGAUCGACUCUCCUUCAUACGUCAGAGUUCAAAGGUGAAGUUCACCAGCGCGGUGAAGCUGACUGAAGGGGGCGCGGUGGGGCCGGAGUUCGCCAGGGACGAGGAGGAGAAUUUCUUCAAGCGGCUCGGACCACACGGUUUUCAAGAGCGUCUAGCAGCCAGUCAGGAGGCCAUGAAGAACAAGAAUGUGGUGAAUCUGGGCGCCAUUCGGCAGGGCAUGAAACGCUUCCAGUUCCUGCUGAACUGCUGCGAGCCGGGAACCAUACCUGACGCCUCCAUCCUUGCUGCUGCUCUGGACCUGGAAGCUCCAGUCGUGGCCCGAGCCUCCCUCUUCCUCGAAUGUGCCCGAUUCGUGCACCGCUGUAACCGUGGCAACUGGCCGGAGUGGAUGAAGGGCCACCACGUAAACAUUACCAAGAGAGGGCUCUCCAGAGGUCGUUCACCUAUUGUGGGCAACAAAAGAAACCAGAAGCUCCAGUGGAACGCUGCCAAACAUUUCUGCCAGUGGGGAGACGCAAUCGGCACAAGGCUCAGUGAACUCUGUCACUCUGACAGCGAGAGCCCUGCAAACAUCCUGGGUUACAUUUUUGACGAAGAGACCAAACGGAGGAUGAGAAAAGAAGACGAGGAAGAGGACUAUUUGGAUGACAACACAGUCAAUCCUACGAAAUGUGGCUGCCCCUUUGCUCUGAAGAUGGCUGCCUGCCAGCUGUUGUUGGAAAUCACCACUUUCCUGCGAGAGACCUUUCCCUGCUUACCACGCCCACGCACCGAACCACUGGUGGAUCUGGACAGCUGCCGCCUGCGCCUGGACCCGGAUCUCGGCCGCCAGCGCUACGAGAGGAAGAUCAGCUUUGCAGGCAUCCUUGACGACGAGGACGGACACGAUUCGCUCAACAGCAGCAGCCAUACGCUGAAGUCUGACACCACCUGUGAUGACAAGAAGCAACAGGAAGUUCAAGCACCAAUACGAAAGAUUCGCAUCGGAGGCUCCCGGCUGCUUCAGAUCAAAGGGGCUCGCAGUUUCCGCAUUAAGAAAGGUGGCUCUCUGUCCUCCAUACGCCGGGCCGGGAGCCUCAAGAGCACCAAGAUGCCCCGUCAGGACUCCGAGUCAGAGAACGAUGAAGGGCUGCUAUCACAAACACACAGCAGGGAUACUGUAACUGACAUAGGCAGUCCCUUCAGCACCAGUGAACCCAGCAUAGAACCAGAGGGUCAGGGCUCUGGAGGAGCAGAGGACAACUACCAUAGCAACAUGUCCUGGCUCCAUAUCAUGAUCCUGCUGUGCAACCAGCAGAGUUUCAUCUGUACCCAUGUAGACUUCUGCCACCCACGCUGCUACCAGCACCACAGCCGCUCCUGUGCCCGUCUGGUCCGCGCCAUCAAGCUUGUGUACGGUGAGACGGUGGACAGCCUGAGAGAGGACAGCGCCUCCUCUGGUUUUAUUGGGGCACGUGCCAAGAAGAGUAAAGAGUGUUCAGACAAGUCUUGCCUGAGGACCCCGUCUAUGAAGAGAAGACCCAAUGACCCCAACACAGAGGGGAAGAAGGAUACCGGCAUGCUCAAAUACAUCCGCAACCAGGUGAUGAGCCUGUCACCAGCUCCUCUCUCACUGCUGAUCAAGGCAGCUCACAUCCUGACCGACGACAUGUAUGGAGACAUCCAGCCUGCAGCCUGGGAGCUCUUGCUCAGUGUGGAUGAACAUAUGGCAGCUGCUGCUGCUGCCAUGUUCCUCCUGUGUGCGGUAAAGGUCCCCGACGCGGUGACCGAAAUGAUGAUGGCGGAGUUCCAGCACCAGGAGGCCUGCCAGCGCAUCAACUCCGUCCUGAAGUUUUACACACUGUGGCGUUUUCGCUACCAGGUGUGGCCUCGCAUGGAGGAAGGAGCCCAGCAGAUCUUUAAGAUCCCUCCACCCAGCAUCAACUUCACUCUGCCAUCUCCUAUACUGGGCAUGCCCUGUGUCCCCAUAUUUGACCCUCCCUGGGUGCCCCAGAACACAGGCAGCGUCCAGGACCCGAUCAAUGAAGACCAGUCUAAAUCCUUCUCAGCCCGGGCGGUGUCGCGCUCCCACCAGCGAGCCGAGCACAUCCUGAAGAACCUGCAGCAGGAGGAGGAGAAGCGGCGUCUGGGGCGUGAGGCCAGCAUCAUCACGGCCAUCCCCGUGGCUCAGGAGGCCUGCUACGAGCCCACGUGCAGCCCCCCGCCUGAGCAGGAGGAAGAAGCAGAAGAAGUGGUGAACCUGGCAUCACGCCGUCUGUCUGUCAGUCCAUCCUGCACCUCCAGUAACUCCCACAGGAACUACUCCUUCCGUCGCGGCUCUGUGUGGUCCGUCCGCUCAUUGGCCAGUGCUGAAGAUGAAGAGAACACAACAGAACACACUCCUACCCACCACAUGUUACAGCCACCCCAAGCCGUCUUCCCAGCAUGCAUCUGUGCUGCAGUCCUACCGAUAGUGCACCUGAUGGAGGAUGGGGAGGUCCGAGAGGAUGGUGUGGCUGUGAGUGCUGUUGCCCAACAAAUCCUGUGGAACUGCCUGAUUGAAGAUCCGGCCCUGGUUCUCCGCCACUUUCUGGAAAAACUAACAGUGAGCAAUAGACAGGAUGAGCUGAUGUACAUGCUGAGGAAGCUCCUGCUCAACAUUGGAGAUCUGCCGGCCCAGACCUCUCACAUCCUCUUCAACUACCUGGUGGGACUGAUCAUGUAUUUUGUGCGGACUCCGUGUGAGUGGGGAAUGGACGCCAUCUCGGCCACGUUGACCUUCCUGUGGGAGGUGGUCGGCUAUGUGGAGGGGCUCUUCUUCAAGGACCUCAAGCAGACCAUGAAGAAGGAGCAGUGUGAGGUCAAGCUGCUGGUCACUGCCUCCAUGCCAGGAACCAAAACACUGGUGGUGCACGGGCAGAACGAAUGUGAUAUUCCAACACAGCUUCCAGUCCAUGAAGACACCCAGUUUGAAGCCCUACUCAAGGAGUGCCUGGAAUUCUUCAACAUUCCCGAGGCCAGAUCUGCACACUACUUCCUCAUGGACAAACGAUGGAACCUCAUCCAUUAUAGCAAGACAUAUGUAAGAGACAUCUACCCAUUCCGGAGAUCAGUCUCUCCACAGCUCAACCUGGUCCACAUGCUGCCUGAGAAAGGACAGGAGCUAAUCCAGAAACAGGUGUUUUCCCGUAAACUAGAGGAAGUUGGUCGGGUCCUCUUCCUCAUCUCCCUCACACAAAACAUGCCAGCUGUGCACAAGCAAUCCCACGUGUCCCUGCUGCAGGAAGACCUCCUCCGCCUGCCAUCCUUCCCACGCACCGCCAUCGACGCAGAGUUCUCGCUGGUCAAUGAGCCACAAGGUAAGGAGCUGUUCGGGUUGGACACCCUCCACAAAGUGCUCUGGAUCAAGCUGCUGGAGGAAAUGUUUCUGGGCAUGCCCAGUGAGUACCCGUGGGGCGACGAGAUGAUGCUGUUCCUCAACGUCUUCAACGGGGCUCUGCUGCUGCACCCGGAGGACAGCGCCCUCCUCAGGCAGUACACAGCCACCGCCAUCAACACUGCCGUUCACUUCAACCACCUUUUCUCCCUGAGCGGUUACCAGUGGAUCCUGCCAACCAUGCUGCAGGUCUAUGCUGACUAUGAGAGCGACCCUUUACUGAGGCAGGGCAUCGAGUUCUGCUGCCGGCAGUUCUACAUCCUCCACCGCAAACCCUUCAUCAUGCAGCUGUUUGCCAGUGUGGCUCCGCUGCUGGAAUUCACCACCAGCACUAGUACUGGUCUUUCUAAAGGAGUGUCAGCUCAGUGUCUGUUUGACCUGCUGGUCUCUCUGGAGGGUGAGACCCGGGACGCCCUGGAUGCGCUGGAGCUUGUUAAAGCUGAAAAACCUCUACGCUCUCUCGAUUUUUGUUAUGGUAAUGAGGACUUGGCCUUUUCCAUCAGCGAGGCCAUCAAGCUGUGUGUCACCGUGGUAGCCUACGCCCCUGAAUCCUUCAGGAGUCUCCAGAUGCUGAUGGUGCUGGAGGCGUUGGUCCCCUGCCACCUCCAGAAGCUGAAGAGCAACACGAUUACAAUGGAGUCGGCCUCGGCUGCCAGGGAUGAGAUUGCAGCCAUCGCUGCUCUGGCCACAUCCCUGCAGGCCCUCCUCUACAGCUCAGAGACCCUCACAAGGCCCAUGACAGCCCCCCAGAUGUCCCGCUGUGAUCAGGGCCAUAAAGGAGGCACUACAGCUAACCACGCCAUGUCAGGAGGGGUCAACACCAGACAAGACUAAUGUCCCGUUUGUAUGCAUGUGUCCAGAGACAACCUCCACCUGUUGGAGGAGGGCCAGGGCAUGCCGAGGGAGGAGCUGGAUGAGCGCAACGCCAGGGAGGAGUUCCGCCGGCCCCGCGAGUCGCUGUUAAACAUCUGCACCGAGUUUUACAAACAUUGCGGGCCGCGACUAAAAAUCCUGCAGAACGUCGCCGGUGAGCCGAGGGUCACGGCCCUGGAGCUGCUGGACAUCAAGUCCCACAUGAGGCUGGCGGAGAUCGCCCACGCCCUGCUGAAGCUGGCGCCCUACGACACCCUGACCAUGGAGAGCCGAGGGCUGCGGCGCUACAUCAUGGAGAUGCUGCCCAUCACCGACUGGUCGUCCGAGGCCGUCCGCCCCGCCCUCAUCCUGAUCCUCAAGAGGCUGGACCGCAUGUUCAACAAAAUACACAAGAUGCCUACGCUCAGGAGACAGGUGGAGUGGGAGGCAGCCAGCAACCUGAUCGAGGGGAUCUGCCUGACACUGCAGCGACAGCCAAUCAUCUCCUUCCUGCCACACCUUCGCUCGUUGAUCAACGUCUGUGUCAACCUGGUGAUGGGUGUGGUCGGUCCCUCCAGCGUGGCAGAUGGGCUUCCUCUCCUCCACCUCAGCCCCUACCUCUCCCCUCCGCUGCCCUUCAGCACAGCAGUGGUGCGACUGGUUGCCCUGCAGAUCCAGGCCUUGAAGGAGGACUUUCCUCUCAGCCAUGUGAUCUCACCUUUCACCAAUCAGGAGAGGCGAGAGGGGAUGCUGCUCAACCUGCUCAUUCCCUUUGUGCUCACUGUGGGCUCUGGAAGCAAAGAUAGCCCCCACCUGGAGCAGCCCGAGAUCUUCCUGCUCCUCCAGACGGUCAUCAAUAUCCUCCUGCCUCCCCGAAUCAUCUCCACCUCCCGCACCAAGAACUUCAUGCUGGACGCUUCCCCGGCUCACUGCUCCACCCCGGGCGACACGGGGAAGGAUCUGCGCAGAGAGGGAUUAGCAGAGUCCACCAGCCAGGCUGCGUAUCUGGCUCUGAAGGUGGUGUUGGUUUGCUUUGAGCGCUCGUUGGGAAACCAAUGGUACCGGCUAAGCCUGCAGGUGAAAGAGAUGGCUCUGAGAAAAGUGGGCGGCUUGGCCUUCUGGGACUUCAUUGACUUCAUCGUCCGCACCCGUAUUCCUAUCUUUGUCCUGCUGAGACCCUUCAUACAGUGCAAGUUGUUGACGCAGCCUGCCGACUCCCAGGAGGAGAUUACAGCACGUCACCACAUCGCUGACCAGCUGGAGCGACGAUUCAUCCCGCGACCUCUCUGCAAGAGCUCCCUGUUUGCAGAGUUCAACAAUGAACUCAAGAUCCUCAAGGAGGCUGUGCACAGCGGCUCCGCUUACCAGGGCAAGACGUCCAUCAGCACCGUGGGCACCUCUACGUCAGCAUAUCGCCUCAGUUUGGCCACGAUGUCGCGCUCCAACACGGGCACCGGCACAGUUUGGGAGCAGGACAGCCAACCGUCGCGCCAACCCUCCCAGGACACGCUCAGCCGCACGGACGAGGACGAUGAAGAGAACGACUCCAUGAGUAUUCCCAGCGUGGUGAGCGAGCACGAAGCCUUUUUACCUCGGAUGAUAGCACAGCGCCGUUUCUCCAGCCACGCCACCGGCUCAGCGGCCUCGCAGCCCGAGGUCCCCCGCACCACCAUGCUGCCCAGCCACAGUGAACCCAAUGUGCUAGAUGAGUCCCAGGGCCUUCUGCAGGAGGGUAACCUCUCUAGGGUUGCCAGUGUGCAGAGUGAACCGGGCCAGCAGAACCUUCUGAUCCAGCCUCCUUUAGGAAGAAAAAGAGGCCUCAGACAGCUGCGUCGCCCCCUGCUGUCCAUUCCAAAGAAUGAACCACGAGGUCGAUCUGGAGCGAGGCUUUCCACAACCCGCAGGAGCAUCCAGCCCAAGAACAAACCUCUGGCGCAUGGAGACCAAAAGAGGUCAGUGACCUUUACAGAGAAUCAAGGCCAGCCGGGGGCCAGCAAACCCCCGACUCCCGGCACUACGGACCCUCCAGCUGAGGGCAGGAAGGCCAGUCCUGCCUUUUCAAAGUCCCCGACACUGGAAGUGCCCUCUGUCUCCUCGUCCACGGUGACUGCCGACCUGCACAGUCCUGCUAAGACACAGGUUCCUAACAUCAUAAGCAGCAAGGAGAAGCGAGAGCAGUGGGGCCUCCGCAGCAGCCUCUCCCCUCCCCCUCCAUCUCCCUGCUCCCCGCUGACCCUCACCCGUACAUGCUCCCCUCUCCCUUUGUCCCGCACCUCCUCUCCUCUCCCUCCGCCGCUCCCGGUGCUCGGCACGGCGCCGGCCCCCGGCCCACCGCCCGCUCCGCCUCUGCCGUCGGCGCCCCUCCUGCCUCCACCACCGCCAGCCCCGCCCAGGAUCAGAGAGAGCCCCGGGGACGCGGACACGACUGCCCUCCUGCCACGCAGCGACACCCUGCUGCAGCUCAGCGAGGAUGAAGGCACAGAGAACCCCCUCCUCACCCCGCUGCUGUCCCAUCCCUCACCCCGCCGGUCGCCCCGUCGGCGGCCCCUGCCCCUCUCCCCCGUCGACCUGGACCUGGACGAGUCCCACGUUUGAGAGGGCUGACAGGCGUACUGUGUUUUUCUAUCUGUAGCCAAAUGCCAUACAAAUACCUGCAGGGUACGGAUAACAGGGAGGCUGUGCUGCAAACAUUUCACAAACAAAAAGUAAAGUGUGAUUUUAUUGACUGAUUGAUUGAAAAAUACGUAGUUUGAAAGGAAAAGAAUGUACAGAGAAGUGAGGCUUCUUCUGUUUCCACACUGAGCCCCGGCCUCAAGUGUGUCUAUAAGCCACCGACUUGUUUUCUAUCUCGUCUGUAGCCCCGAAUCGUGAAAGACAUUUUUGUUUUUCCCCUGAAACUAAACUGCUGUCUCCUCAGUUGUUUAGUUUUGACAAAAGUGUUCCCAUUUACAAAAACAUUCCCAUUCCCUCCUCUCUCUGUGGGGCUCUUAUUUAAUCUUUAAAGUGUUGAAUAUCAACAUCAUCGUCCUUUGUCUGUUCUUAUGGCUACAUACCCUGAGGGUUGAAUGUAUAUUCUAGCAGCAAUCUACCUUACUGCUUGUCUCCUUCAUCAUAGCAACGUGAAAUCAUGCUUUAUUUUUAAGUCGACCUAUCCUGAGAUAAAAGGUUAAUUUUUUUAAAUUCAAUUUUAGAUGAAUUAUAAAAGAUCAGAAAUGUCAAAGAAUCGAUAUUUAACAAAUGAAUACUUGUUAUGCUGCAGAUUUGAAUGUCUAUAUUGCGGAGAUCUAUAUCAAAUUGAAAAAAGGAGACGUUGUAUCUUGUACAAAGUGUUACAAAGGCUAUAAAGGAAGGCAAUGCAGAACUUGUAUAGACAGUAUAUCUAUAAGAGCCAUUCUAAAGCGGGGGGUGAAAUGAGGGCCUUUAUAUUAAAUGAAGCAAGUGAUAUAUAGUAAUUAUACAAUACAGUAUAUGUAUUUUAAACAUUGUAUGUGAUAAUAUGGAAGAAAUUAGAAAUGUUUCUUCACUGUCCUGGUAAUUGAGAAAAGUCCUGUUGUUUCAGCUCUCAUUCUAAUCAUAAUGUCAAACAUAUGCCCCAAUAACUCUGUUUCUACAGUGUGUAAUGUGCUGCUCAGUGUCUCAGCAGAAGAUUUUAUUUGUGACCAAAGACGGUAUUUUAUCAGCUUAAAAUAUAAAUUCUGUAAAAACACGUUUAAAAAACGUAUCCUGAUGUUUCAGAGCUGGUCAUGUUUGUUUUCUUGUGUCUGUGUUGCUGUCUUACGCUCAUCAAAGCGAGGCAGCGAGACUUCUUAUAUUGCAACCGUGAUGCAGUGGACAGCUGUUACAUCGUUGCUUAUUCCAUGCCUUAACAGAGAAAUAUUAACACGACUGUCUGUUUAACCGCGUUUAUUGUGUCUGCUAAAAAAAACCUCGUACCUCCUAAAUGUCCACUUUUACAGAGAUCACAUAGUUUGUGGACAUGUUGUGGCAAAAAGAUCUCGAUAUCCAAUAAUAUCUCAAUAUAUUUAUUUUAAACACAUUUUUGUAUGUAAAACAUAUUUUACUGCUUUAUCCCUUUCAUCAAUAGUAAGAAUGAUGAUGUUAAAUCACAUAAUACAGGAUUAAUAUGUGCCAUAAGUCACAUAAACGCACAGUGUGUUGUUAUUGGCUGCUUCUCUCUGUUAUAUGUCAGUGCCGUAUUUAACAUGCUUUCUUUUGUGUGAAAAUAUUGUCAUUCGGGUACAUAGAGAUUUUCUUAUGCAGUGGGGAUAGAGUGGAAAUAUUGCAGCCUCUAUGGAGGUGUCUUAAUGCAGUUUAUUCAACAAAUAUUCAAAGUGUAUUCUUAAUAAAAGCACACAUUACUCCCCUGUUUCUACCUUAUUUAAGACCCAAAAUGUUUGACGUUACCACAAAGGAAAUGCAGUGAGUAAAAUGUUUCUGUUAUGAGUUCUUGUCUUGUCCUCUGUAUUCAUAUCAACCUAAGAAUCUGUUUUAAAUGUUUGCACAAUGUAAAACAUAUCUAUCUCAAAUCCAUAAAAACACACUGUACCACACAUUUCAAGGUUUUAAGUCUUUAAAGCAGUACGAAGACUUGACUUGAGUUCCCUUUAAAUGUUAUGUGUCUGUCAAACUAUGUCUUCUUUGUGCAAAGCUAGAAUAAAGUAUAUCAGAAUAUUUCUGGAAU